AUGCACUACAGCGCGCUUCCCUAUCUUACCGAUGACCAGAAGCGCUUUGUGCUGGACUCCAUACCAACCGACAUUCCCCUCAAGGUCAUUGCACACACGAUUCGGGACGAACUGUUUUGGAAGCGCAUCUGCCUAUCACGCUGGCCCGUGGUUGACGUCAUCAAGCACGACAACUCGUGGAAGCAGGCCUUCUUCGAGAAGCAGCUCGAACAAAUGAUCCACGAAUACGUGCCUGGUCAGACCUACUGUGUGUGGAUUGAAGAGGCGCUGCAGUUCGCCGCGCCGUACGUUCGACGAAUUGACAUUAAGGAAAUGCUGCCUCCUGUUAAACUGAAGGCAAAGGAAGUUAGGCCCCGUUCUGCCAGCUCUCAGGCAGACAGUGACAACGAAGAAAGCGAGGAGGUCGUUGAAACAUCGCCAAGAAUCGACCACCUCGACCUGGGCUUUGUGAUCGCCAAGCUAACCCAAAUGACUCACCUCAGUGUCCAGUACACAAUCAGGAACGUCGGUCUCGACUUUGAGUGGGAACAUUUCCAGUUCACGCGGCGAGACUGCAUCAGCUUCUCCAAAGCCGUCAAGGCCCACACCUCCCUGAGUGUUCUGCAACUAGUAAAUAGCCGCGUGGACUGCGAGAAAUGCCGAGUCCUCGUGGGUCACCUGCUCGACCACCCCUCGCUGAAGGUACUCAACCUCUCGCACAACCUCAUCUCCGACUGGGGCGCGCGCGCCCUCGGCAAACUCAUCAACGGCCGGAGCAAGAUCGAGUGUCUGGACCUCCUGAAUAACCGCAUCACGCCUGAAGGCGGAGAGGCCCUUGGACACGCGCUCUCGAAGAAUGCGAAAUUCCUCAGGAAACUCAACCUCCGACUCAACAAACUCCGAGAUGACGGCGCCAUUGCGAUUGCUAAGGCGAGUGAAGCCCUACCCACACAAUAA